AUGUCAGGUCUCCUCAACUCGCGAUGGGCACCAGGUGCGCCCACAAGUGUCCACAGACCCCAAUACACUCCCCGGCCACAGACCAGUGGUAGUAUUCGCCUUACCCCACCCGGUAGUCUGUUGCCACCGGCCGAAGAAUUAUCACGGUUCAUGAAGAUCGUGGCAAGGUUAAGAUGGAAACUCCCAUUCCUGGCUGAGGGCUAUCGGCUCGCGACCCUGGAGACCGGUAAUGACAUGUCAGAUGACGUGGCGCAUGCAGAGAUAAUGUUCAAGAUUGAUUUCCAUGAAUAUUAUGCCCUUUUGGAGCGCGCCAUUGUUCACUUGCUCGCUGUGUUUAAUAUUGCCGUUACCUCGUCAAGGGGGUCGACUCAUAGCUCUGGCAAUGGGGUAGCCAAUGGUCAUUCGGUGGGAGUUCAUCGAUACCAUGCCAAUGUGCUAGAGGCGUUGCGGGAGCAGACGACGCCUCUUUCGCCGGUUCUUGGCAGUGGGUCUGUCUAUUUGAAACUGCAGAAAGCGAAAGACCUGCGCAAUAGAUGGAAGACUGCAGAUUUGACUAUGGAAGAGAGGGAAAGACAAGGCGAGCGCAAGGAUGUUCUGCGCUUGGCGGACUUUGACUUUGAGGGCAUUCUCUCUGGGAUUUUUGCCGGCCUUGAAGAGGCGUAUGUGAGAGCAAAAGAUCACGUCGACAAAUGCGUCCGCCCGGAUGAUUUACCUGGUCAGACGAAUACCGAGGCAGAUUGGGGCUUUAUGGUCGAUGCCAUGGACUGGGAAGCUGUAUGA